AUGGACGCUGCUGCGCCGCGGCCAUCCGCGCCGGAGGAGCCGCCAACCAGGGACUGGUCUCUGCUGCCCCUCGACGUGCUUGCCUUCGUCUUCGUCAGGCUCAACGCCGUCGACGUCCUCAGGGGCGCUGGCCUCGUGUGCCGCUCCUGGCUCCAAGCCGCCAAGGUGCCAGACGUGUGGCGUGUCGUGGACAUGGGGUACCACAGAAUCAUGUUAAGGUUCGACGAGAAGGAACAUGCUGACUUGUGUGCCAUGGCUAAGGCAGCCGUCGACCGUUCCGAUGGGCAGCUUCGGGAGUUUGCCGGGAGGACGUUUGUCACCGACGAGCUCAUGCAGUACAUCCUGGAAAGGUCACCCUCACUAACCACUCUUCGGCUUGUGUGCUGCGGCAAUGUCUUCAGUGCAAGUCUCGCUAGUUUUAUAAGAGAAUCAUCUCUGAAGGAGCUUCGUUCCCUUGAACUUAACAACGUUGGCCUCACCUUGGGAGGACUAACCGCUGUCCUUGAGAAUUGUCCUCUCCUGGAAGAUCUUACGGUUACGGAUUGCUAUGGUAUGCAAGAGCAAGACGAGCAGGUCCUGCGGGCGAAAUUCGCCCGGAUCAAGACCCUGAAGUUCGAUUGUGAUGAUGACUUUGACUGGUUCGACUUCUCCUUUUUCUAAAGAAACCUUCGCAAAUGUACGUUGCACCUUAAUGCCUGGAUUCGGGCUUGCACUUCUUCCCUUU